UCGUGAUAGGUUUCGAGGUAUAGUGGGGCCUCGAUUCGUCGGUGGCUAAUGGAUGUUCGCCAGGGGUCGGAGAGAGGGGCGAGGCACACAGGAAAAAAAAAUGAGGGAUGAUGCUCGACAGUCAGGACAAGGUGAGAGUAGAAGAUGCUGUUCUCGUUGUGGUCGGAGCUCUCGCAAAGGUCGUGCAAAACAGGGGAUUUUGCAGGAGAGAGAUGCACGUUAGUGAGUCCAGUAGCAGCGGUCUGCGGUAUGUGUUUGGUGGUGACUUGGAGUUAGCAAGUAGUAUAGUACCUAGAUUAGGUACACACAAGUACUGUGCGCCACCAAAGACGAAUUCUAGGGGCUGUUUCCAGGGUCCCUCGAUCUAUCUCGGGCAAGCAGGGUGGAAGUUUUGCGCUUUGCGGAGAAGAAGUGUAUCAAACAGCCAAACUAUUCAACGGAGACAUGGCCCAGAAACGAAAAUAGGAGGCACACCGCAUCAGAGCAGACAUCCAAAGUGCUACAGCAGACUAUGCGGUACUACGAUAAUGGAGCAUAUCCACAUGAGGUACAUUCUCCCAGAUAGCAGCGCGAGCCACGGCCCAAGUACAGAACCUGACAGGAACGAGCUAAAAUGGCCCGGGCAGGUUAGUUACGCGACCCCAAGCGGACUGGACCCUGGUCGCGCUCCCAGCUUCUGGUUCAAUUGUCAUGUGUCCCAUCCCAGCCAGCCAGCGCCGCACUCUUUUUCCUUCCCAGGUGGGGGUGGGUGCUGGAAAAGAGAAGGAAAAGACACCGAGCAGCUGGACGAGGAGGGGGAAGCGCCAGCGAUCCGUGCCUGAUUGGCCUAAAACGUGGCGUUGAUGUUUGUUUUUUUGUUAUUGUGCCCACUGCAAGGAGGGGAAGCACCAUUGACUUUUUGAUUUGGAGAGGCUGUGGCUAGAGAGGUACACGCAGCUUGCCAUAGGCCCGUCGCUUGUACAGCAGCAGCUGUGUGCCCCGACCUAGUGCCUGUUUGAGCUGCAGCUGUUUCAGCAGAGGGCAUCACUGAUG